AGACCGAUUAUACGAUACGUGAUGUCACACACACAUACAUACAUAAACUGCAUAUUUUGACGCGCGCGCCAGCAUGCGAUACGCGCAUUGCACACUAUGCUACGAUACAUCGUAAGUUUAUAUGUAUGUAUGGACAUAUCAUACAUAUAUGUCCAUUGCAUUAAUCUCCUAUGACUAUGUUGCUCGUGCCGUUGACGAUCAGCUGUCCAAGUUCUGGAAUUUAAACAUAUUGCGUUUGCGGAACAGAAACCCGUACGGAAAUCAAAUGUAGUUACAUAAGACGACGUUUCAGGGAAAUGAAUCAGUCUCGUUGUGCGUUUAAGAAGAGCUACAAUAUUUUUAGAUAACUAUCGUCCGCGGAAGGUAAAUUCUCGUGUAUCGGGAGACUUUAAGUGUCACGCAAUAUUUCAAACGUCGCUGCCUGUCGGUGUGUGUGUGUGUGUUUUUUUUUCUUUGAUUAUAUCGGAUACAAAUAGAAUUUUAUGAUAAACUUCGUAUCAAAAUAUCGUUUUAUUUCGUACUGAGAAUACAGUGUUAUAUAGUGUAGUAAUACUUGUAAUAAAUCGUAAGUACAUAUCGUCGAUUAAUAUUGUGCUUGAAUAUUAUUUGUUAUUGAAAUGCAUUGUGCAUUCUAACUUACUGCGCGAUAUAGUCGGUGAGCGUAGCGUGUGAGCGUGUGUGUGUGUAUGUGACGCGUGCGUUCGUGUGCGUGCGUACUAUCUAUCUAUCUAUCUAUCUAUCUAUAUAUAUGCGUGUGUGUGUAUAUAUAUAUAUAUAUAUAUAUAUCGUGAUUUUUUUAAACAUAAUAGAGGGUUCGAUCGCUUCCAACGAUUUAAAGAAUGUCCAGUAACCCAAUUGAAGUAGAUCCAUUCAGUGAAGUUGCUUUGGAAAUUGAUAUUUGUGAAGGUAUUAAGUUGUACUAUCGUACAAUUAUAAUGGGAAUGGAAAGGCAAACAACGAACAAAGUACACAAAGUACAAAAGAAGAUACAAAAAGUACAAUUAAUGAACCAACGCAUGCAGAACCUCUAACACCCGAAGAGAUCCGUUGGUUCUACAAAGGUGGAGUCGAUAAAAGAUGGGUAGAGUUUUGUGGAUACGAUAGUUUAAGAAUAGAAGCAGCUUGGCAAGAAAGACAAAGCCUUCUCAAUAAAAUUGAUGGGAAAAGUAAUGAAUUGCCACCUGCCGAGAAAGUUGUGGUUAGAGGAGGAAUGUACGACACAGAAAUUGAUAAUAUGAAAUGUGUCUCGAUAUAUUGGCCAGGCGAAGAAUGGGAAAUAAUGAGAGGUACAUGGUACUACGACGGUAGUUGGAUACCAUUGGAAAUAGAACAUUCUAAAGUCAUAGAGGAAGUUCAUCUAAAAUUGUUCCCGAAACAAUCUUCGGAACAUUAUAGGUCAAUGCCUGAAACUAAUGCCUCUUCUUAUUCAUACAAAGUAUUGCACACAGAAUGCUUUCCAGAAUUUCACGUCGACUGGCACUCUAUAGAUUAUGUUGCAUUAUAUAGCGAGUAUACAACAAGUAAAUUAAUGCGCAGUGUUACAUCCAAACUGGGUUUGCCUAAAACCACAGGAUAUCGAUUAAAAAGGGGAUAUAAAGUUCCUGCUACAAUGGAAGAUAAGCCCCAAGAUAUAGACCAUUUAGUCUUUGUCGUUCAUGGAAUCGGUCAAAAGAGAGACACUGGAAAAAUAAUACGCAAUACAACAUCAUUUAGAGAAUGCAUAGAACGACUGAAACAACGAUUUUUUCCAAAUUCAAAUUACAGAGUUGAGUUUUUCCCAGUUGAAUGGAGAUCGUCUUUGAAACUCGAUGGAGAUAUAGUUGAAGCUAUUACACCAUACAGCGUGUUAAGUAUCCGUCAUCUAUUAAAUACAUCAGCAAUGGAUAUACUUUAUUAUACGAGCCCUCUAUAUGGCGGGGAAGUAAGAGCUGGAUUACAGAAAGAAUUGAAUAGAUUAUAUUUCAUGUUUACUAGCAGACAUCCUGACUGGAAAGGGAAAGUUUCAAUUUUGGCACAUUCGUUAGGUUGCGUGAUCGUAUAUGACAUAGUCACAGGAUGGAUGGGUCCUGACACAAGACCUCCAUCCCCGGAUCAAGAAGUUUUGUUGCAAGGUUUACAAUUUCCUAUUGAGAACUUGUUUUGUCUGGGUUCUCCUUUGUCAGUGUUUUUAGCAUUGCGCACACGUACACCGUCCAAUAGAUUAGAUGUAAUGCCUCAAGGUUUAUGCAAAAGGUUUUAUAAUAUAUUUCAUUGGUCUGAUCCUGUAGCAUAUCGUAUGGAACCACUUUUGGAAAGAGGAUAUAGUAAAGUUGAGCCAGUUGUUAUACCACCAUACGGAGGAGGAGUCGAUGAAUUACAAAUAGAAUCUUCGUCAAUAGUUAAUGCAGAUCAAAAUAUAUCUCCCACUGAGACCGACGAAAGAGAAGAUAGUCCAGUGGAUGUAUCCAAUCGUAAUACAGAGAAAGGGUGGAGCCUUUGGGGUUUAGUUAGAGCUGGUUGGAAUGUCAAAGAAGGCUCAUCUUCACCAACGCCUGAUUCAAAUCCUCCAAUCCGUCCAGGGCAAGAGCUAACGCAACGUUUGGAUUACGUUUUACGAGCGGUUGGAUUAGGUAGAAAUUAUUUAUAUGCAGUAGUGGCGCAUACUAGAUAUUGGAGUAAUGAUGAUGUGGCUUAUUUUGUUCUCACAAGACUAUUUCCGACGUUAGAAGCAUGAUGGCGAUAUCAAUGCUUGAAGCAGAAUUUAAGCAGAUUUUAUUAAAUUUACUAGUCGAUUGCUGGCCUUUUAUACCUGAUAUAAACAGUAGGCCUACCACUAAAACAAUCUGUGAUAAUGGAAAAAACGAUACAAUAACGAUAUAAAAUCUACAUAAAUUGAUGAUUUUAUAUAAUUCACAGUUCAAUAUUAACAUGGUCAAGUUUUGCAGAUAAAAUAAAUUAUAUACGUAUGCGUGCAUUUACGUUCGUGUAUGUGUAUUAACGUAUACACGCGCGCGUACGUGUGCACCAUACACAUGUUAACUUUGUAUAUUACUUCAUACUAUAAGAAAAGUUAGAUAUGUGUUUUUAUUGUCGACACAUACAUACAUACAUACAUACAUCCAUCCAUCCAUCCACACAAACAUAUAAACAUGCAUACAGACUUACAUACUUAUGAACACGCAUCAUACAUAUACACGUACACCUACGUACGCAUAACUCUGUCUGUCUGUCUGUCUGCUCUGUGUGUGUGUGUGUGUGUGUGUGUAUCAAAUUAUAUAUAUAUAUACACACACACACAUAUAUAUGCCUUUAAAUGCCUGGUUUUAUAACUUAUCAUAAAUAAUUUUUAUUUGUUAUGUUUAAUAAGCAUAUAGUUUAUAAUAGAUAUUUAUUUAAGUAUUUAAUCAUAUACAAUUGUUAACACCAAAAAUACACAUGUACAUUAAUUGAUGACAAAAGAUUAAUAAUGGUAGUCAUCUUUUGGAGUUAGCUGUUAAAACUUUCAUUUAAUUUUAAAUCAUGCAAUCUCCCAUUUUGAGGAAUUUUCUAUGGAAAUUUUAAGAAUAAUUGUAUUAUGUAACUGGAUUAUUCAAGUUUCAUAUAUUUAGUUAUAUUCUGAUAUAAAAAAAUAAUGGAAGAAUAAAAUAAAAAAAAAUUGCUUAAUAAUUUAGCUAAUUAAGCAUAAGGAACAUCUGCCACACAACUACUCGAACCUUUGAGUAAAUAAGGAAGAUUACCAGUCUCUUUGCACAAAUUGUUCAAUUUCCCUAUAGUUCCUACUUGCUACUCAAAGCUUCUAGUCGUCUACAAUACGUUAUGUACGUCUACCUAUAUCUGUAAUCGUACCCAUAUUUGACGACUAUAAGCAUGAGAUGCAGUGGGUUUCAAACGAAAUCAUAUCAUCAUAAAAUUUGGAAAAGUUGUCUUCAUCUAAAGGCGUAGUUAUAAUAUAACUUUGCGCUAACUUGAGAUAUCCAAAUUUAAAUACAUCACUUUUUAUUAAUAAGUAUCCUUAACCAGAUUCAAAUUUUUUAAACAAAGCACAAAUCAUUGUAAUAUAUUUCUUGUGAUGAUAUGUAUUGUGUGUGUGCGCGCGCGCGCGCGCGUGUGUGUGUGUGCACGUGGAUGCUGCGCACAGUGGCUCAGUAAUCAUGAUAUAACCAGGAAAGAACUGACUUCUUGAGAAAUUGAAUCGAAAUUGCAAAAUAACAUUUUUUUAUACGAAAUUUUUUUUUCGAGUAAAUUGAAUGAAAUAUUAAGUAUAAGUACGUUUACACCUAACUUAAUUAUCGUUGAACAAAUAAUACAAAUCAUAACUUGUUUACAAGUAGCAUUAAAAUCAUAGAUUGAUAAUUUGAUUUCUUCAAACUUCCUUUAAUCAAUCUUUUUUUUAUCUUGACUUGAAAUAUCUACUGUUUUAUGUUAUGGCUUUUGCCGUUAAUUAAUCUUUAUGAGAUACUAUUUUCUAUUUGUAAACAAGAUAUAUGUAGUUAUAUCGAAAUUCGUUUAAUGACGAUUGAAUUAAAUGUAUUUUCAAAAUGCAAUUUAUUCGACACAAUCGAAGGAUAAAAUGUCUUGCAUAAUUGCAUCAUUCUUCAUUCAUAUUAUCGGCGUUAAUUUUUGUUUAACUAAAUUUUGCUUUAUAAAUAUUGAGACAAAAAUUUUAAUUCGUAUAAACGCAUACCUUUUAGUUGAUUGAUUAAGAAUUCAGAUACAUAAUCAAUAAAUCGGACAUUGUGAUGAAAUCAGUUCAGAUAAUCGAUUACAUAUAAAUGGGAUUCAACUGUAUAUAUAUUCGAUUGAUAUUCAGGCAAUUUUCUCGAAAACAAAGCUUCAUAUAAAAAAAUUUUAUUUCACAAUUUUGAUUUAUCGACACGUGUAUAUAUAUAUCAUUGUAUAUGUAUAUAUGUGUAUAUAUAUAUAUAUGAUUAUUGGUGUGUGUGUGUGUGUGUGUGUGUGUGUGUGUGUGUGUGUGUGUUAGAUUUGGUUUGAUUUUCUAAUAAUGAUGUUUUAUAGACACAUCUUUAUAUAUGAACUCAUUUGUUUUUAUAUCAAUCAAUAUAAGAAUAGUAUAACUAAAACGUAUAUAUAAUACAAAGUAGUAUAUAAUUAUAAUAUUAUUAAAAAAUGAAAUUUUCCUUGUAUUCAAAGUGAAGCUCAUUCAUUGUAUAAACAAUUUGCUACGAUUAAAAUGGCCAACGUGAUAGCCAGUAAAAAAUGACCAACAUGAAA